CUGUUCUAUACUUUGAAGCAGGGAACGCGCUCUCCUUUGUUGUUCUAAUUCAAGGGCUAUUCAUGACAAGGACUGAUAUAUUUUAGGAAAAAACAUUUUAAUGUUUAAUAACCAUGUCAUUAUCUGAUCACAGGAGUAAUUAUAAACCUAUUACUUUCCUCAUCAAAUUUUCAUUUGUUAUAUUAAUAAUAUCAGUGUGCUGCAGCUCGGCUGGUGAUUUGAACUGUUUGUUUUUGGAAUGGUUUAUUGUUUGAAAUGGAGCUAUUCAAGAUAGUACAGGGAAUAAAAUAGAAAAACAUCAUAGUUCCAUGCAGUCAUCUACUUCAUUAAUAUGUCAAUUAUAACAAAACAGCCAUCAGAAUUUCAUGAUCAGAUUCCUCAUCAGUCAUCAACAACCAUCAAAGUCUUGCCUCUACAACAACAGCAACAACAACAGCAGCAACAACAGCAGCAACAGCUUGCGAAAGAUAACCCCAGUCAGAAGUAUUCAGUAGACUUCAGUUUAUCUUCUAAAGAUCAUCUUAAGCUUCCUGUAAGUAACUUUUGUGAAAACGUUUUUGUAAACAAAGAUGUUUAUGAAAGUGAGUCAGCUGCAGAAAUUGAAAGCGAAAAUUGCCCAGAUACUAACAACAGAUGUGAUACCACUCUUGUUGUAACUGUAGCAUGUGAAAAGAACAUAAAUGAUAAGGAAACAAAUGAAAACAUUGAGAGUUUUCCUAUCAGCUACCCCAAUGAAAACCUUUUGAUAGACAAAUGUAUAUUGAAAGAGCAGGACAGUUUGGAAUUAACACCAGAAGUGACUAAAAAUGUUACCCAGGAGCAGGAUUAUCCUUCAACGAACCUUUCACAACAUUUCAACACAAGUUCAGCAUGGAGUUGUUCACACCCAGAAAGUAAUGAUGAACAAGGACUGGUUCCAAUAAAAAAUGAAAACCAAACAAGCAUUGUUCAGGUAGACAACCAGUCAAAAGAUGAUGAUACAUCUGACGCAAGGUUUGAUGGUUUAAAGACGGAUACAGAACCAUCUAAUGUUUCUAGAGACGUAAAUGGCAGUGUUGACAUUCAAAGUCACUUGGACCCAUUAUCAAGUAAUGUUGAAGCACAAAAUGAUGGGAGUAGGUCUACUCUACAUGACAGAGUAGAAAUUAAUGCAAGUGAAUCAUUAAGCAACAAAGUGCCUGAUGUAAAGACCUCAGAGCUAACAGCUCUGAUUUCAAGCCAGAGACAUGACAGAGAAGAAAUUAAUUCAAGCGAAUCAUUAAGCAACAAAGUGCCUGAUGUAAAGACCUCAGAGCUAACAGCUCUGAUUUCAAGCCAGAGAGAAACAAUUCUUAAACUAAGGAGGGAAGAAAGACUUUCUGAAGAAAGAAAUAUUGAAACUAAAAUUAAGCAAGAAAUUGACAUUAAAAGUGUCAAGCCAAUUAAAUUAAGUAAACUGUCUAGUGAGAUUAGAAAACCAGAUAUGUCAACCGAAUCAAAAUCUUUUUCGAAGGAUGAGAAAAAUAGACAAAAAAAGUUGAAGAAAAAGCUUUUAGACUAUAGUAGUAAUGACCUCUUUAGUGAGCCAUUGACAGUUAAAGAAUUUUAUUCUGAUACAAAUAAAAAACGGGAAAAGAAAAUACCAAGCAAAUUCCUUUAUCUUUCUAAAAUGGAGAAGUAUCUAAGUCACAGUUCAAAGGUUAAACAUAAAAAGAAAAGUAAACCCAAAAAUAAACAUGCUGAUGAAUUGAAAAGUAAAGUCAAAGUGGAAAGAGAAGAGAAUAGGAAACCAUUCGUUAAAAAGGAAGUGGAUGGUGUUAAAGAAGUGAAUAAAAUCAAAAUAUUCACUUUGGCAGAUGAAAAUACUUUUGCAUUGAGAAAACCUAGUAAAAAAUGA